AUGAGGGAUGAGGCUGGGCAAGGAAAGGCUAAGCAACAUAAGACGACCGACGUGGCCACAGGAGUUUCAGGUUCCCAUAAAGUUCUUAGCAAGAAGACACGGCUCACGGAGCUCAAGUCUGAGAUAACGGUGUUGGAAGCUGAGCUCGUAGCUCUCUCAGUCAAGUCACUGUAG